AUGGCCGUAGAGAAGAAGGACAAGAAGCGCAAGGCUGCGGUUACCUCUGCCCCAACACCCGCGGACCCGCCCUCGAAAAAGUCGAAAAAGUCAGUGUCUAAACUGGCUAAAACUCAUGAGAAUGAGAAUGUACCAAAGCCAAUCUUGAAGAAGUCCAAAUCCGCAGAGGCUACCAAUGGCGAUUCUCCCAAGGCUGUUCCGGUGAAAGUUACCAGUGCACCCGCAAGACAGAUCCGGCCGCGGAAACGAGCGGCGGACUUUAUGAGUGAAGAAGAAGAAGGUGAUCUCGAGGAAAGCAAGAAAAAGCCAGUCAUGUCUUCUCCUGUCGCAACAAAUCCCAUCAAUAAAGACCUUGAAAAACCUAGCAAGAAGAAGUCAAAGAAGGGAGCUGAGACUCAAACUGCUUCCGCAUCUUCCACUAAAAAGGCAGCGACAAAUGUGGACACUGAGGAGGAAAUUUUGAGCACUUCAAAAGUGAGCAAAAAGAGUAAAGUUGACAUAAAGCCUUCCAAGGAAAUACACACGCAAAUUGCAGAGGAUGAGAAUGAGGGAAGCGCAGCGGAAAAAGAAUAUGAUGAUGACCAGACGGCUGCGUUGAUCCAAGGAUUUGAUAGCAGCGGUGAUGAAGAUGUAUCUGGUGACGAAGGAUUUGCUCCUGGAAAGAAGAUCCCAGCCAUCCCGGAUGCGAAGCAGCUGAAGCGGAGACUGCGCAAGAUGAAGAAAACAGGCACAGAAACGCAGGAACCAGGUACUAUCUACGUUGGCCGAGUUCCGCACGGUUUCUACGAGCACGAAAUGCGCGCCUACUUCUCCCAAUUUGGGCCCAUCACCCGCCUCCGCCUAUCCCGCAACCGCACCACAGGCCGCUCUAAGCAUUUCGCCUUCAUCGAGUUCGCGUCAUCCUCCGUCGCGCAAAUUGUCGCCGAUACAAUGGACAACUAUCUCAUGUUUGGACAUAUUUUAAAAUGCAAGUUCGUGCCGCAGGAAAAUGUGCAUCCGCAGCUGUGGAAGGGGGCGAAUAGACGGUUCAAGAAGACGCCAUGGAACGCUAUCGAGAGGCGUAGGUUGGAUGCAGGAAAGACGAGGGAGCAGUGGGCGAGGAAGAUUAAGCAGGAGGAGGCUAGGAGGGUGGCUAGGGUUGAAAAGAUGAAGGAACUUGGGUAUGAGUUUGAGAUGCCGGUGUUGAAGGGUGUUGAGGAGGUUGUUGUUGUUCGUGAUGUUGAGGGGAAGGGGCGGGGGGAGGUAGAGGGCGCUGAAGAGCCGGCUGCUAUUGAGGCUUCUCAGAAGGAGGCGGAGAAGGCUGAGCUGGUAUCUGGAGUUGUAGAAGAGGUGAAGCCUGCGCCAAUUAAAGCAAAGAAGGACAGGAAGAAGAAGGCGGAGAAGAAGGAUACCCCUGUAAAGGAGGGGAAGAAGACGAAGGAUAUGGAGCAGAAGAAGGAUGGUAAAGCUUCAUCGAAGGAUAAGAAGGUCAAGGUAGAUACCCCCGAGAAGUUGGGAAAGGAAAAGAAGAUCAAGGCUAGUCUUGCAGCAGCGGGGAAGUCGGAGAAGAAGGAAGAGAAGUCUAAGGGGAAGAAGAGCAAUGCAUAG